AUGUCCACCGUGGUCGCUCUGGAAGUUUCAGGUUUGCAAAACAGCAGCGUUUUGCAGCCCUUGCGCGAUCCCGUCCUUCCAUUGCCGGUGCAGGGAGAUCGGGCGUGCUUCGAAAGUGGCAGUAGCACCUGGGGCUUUGAGGAAGUGCUGCCGCACGGAAGCUUCUGCGACGAGUGCGUCAGCAACAAGGUGUCCAUCUUCGAUCCUCAGUUGCACCGCCGCUUCUGCCGCAGCUGUGGAGUUUCGGAGUAUGUUAUGGAUCUGGGUAACGGUACCCGCAUCUGUUCCCUGGCUGAUGGAAAAGAGGGAUGUCGCCAACCCAAGAUUCUGGGUGAACAUUGGUUGACCUGUCACCCCUGCCCCGUGGGCCACGUCUCCAACAGCUCGGGUGCCACCAGCUGCCAGCCCUGCCCUGCCGGCAGCAGCAGCCCCGGUGGCACCGGCUGUGUAGCCUGCAGCCCUGGCACCUUCGCGGGCGGUGCCGGCACCAGCUGCACGGCCUGCCCUGGCGGCCGUGCGGCGCCGGACGCGGGGAUGACGGGCUGCCAGGGGUGCCCCGAGGGGCACCGCAGCGAUGGGGUGAACUGCCAGAAGUGUCCGGAAGGGACUUAUCAACCCAACCAGAACAGCAGUGAAUGUCUCUUGGCAGUUGAAGGUGCUGAUUUUGAUGGCCAGGGAUUGGUGACUGGCAUCAACCGAGAGGGCUACUGGACGAGGCGGAUGGGCACAGAGGUGACGUGGGAGCCAUGUGUGGCACCGCAGCAGUGUUUGCGGAAUGAGAGCUGCGCAAGUGGCAGUGCUGGAGUGCAAUGCUUCAGCUGCUUACCUCGCCAUGUCAGGGGAGGAUCUGACGGCUGCGACCCUUGCAACAGCUUGGAGGCAGCGCUCGGCUUGGGCACCUUCAUAGUGUUGGUGGUGUUUUUCGCCCUGACCUUGGCCAAACUGGGCUUGGCACGAAGGAAUCGACCCAAGGAUUUGCGUGUGGUUUACAUCAAAAUCUUCCUCCUGUACUUGGUGGUGGCCGACGCCCUACUGGAGACUGCUCUGCAGGCCUUACGUCUUCGCCCCUCCGUCGCCUUCCUCUCGCGCUUCGUGGUCUCCGCCGUGUCGCCGCAGCUGCUGCGCUGGGCGCGCUGCGCCGGCGACGCCGCGGCGCGGGCGCUGGAAGCCGUGGGCGCGAGCCACGGCAUGGUCCAGGCACUUUGGGCAAGUGAGAUGUCCGAGGCCUUGGCCUCCUGGGAGCUGGGCGGCCUUAAUGCCUGGCCGCACGGCAGCUGGUUUUCGCCCGAGGCGCGGUCGCUGGUGCAGAAGCUCGCAGCCUACCAGGGCGCGGUGGAACUCCUCCAGUUGAUCUUCUGGUUCCUGCUGCCCUGGGUUCUUUGGAUCUUUCUGUACCUCAGUGCCCUGUGCUUCGUGCGCCUGCGACUCUGUAAAGAUCGCAGCUUCCUCAAGAGCUGCCUGCGCUUCUAUGAGGAGUUGGUGAAGGAUGGGACCAGAGAGACACUGGCCUGCUACGAUGCAGAGGAUUGGUUGAGCUUUUGUAAGGCUCCUGGAUCAGGCGCCUUGAGCUGGUUCAAAGUGAGUUUGGUAGCGGAGCCCGGACGACCGGGCUCCGUUGCCGGUGCCCUCGCGUUUGUGCGCGGGCUUGCUCCUUCGGCUGCCACCUGCGGAGGACAACUUCGAGGUGCUCUUCAACUAGGCCCUGGACCUAUCUUCGAGCGCUUCAACCUGACCUUUGCUGCUGAAGGUCUACGGCCUCUGGCGUUGGUGAACUUCCCCUACUGGCUGGUCUUGGCAGAGCUCUUUGUCACUUGCUUGCACUGGCGGAAGCGGUGA